AUCGGUGGCACCCACGCGUUCUCCCUUCCCUGGACUCCUCUCGGUGGGUGGAGACUGGAGAGAGAGAGGCGCCGAAGGGGCAACGGGAGGAGAGAAGAAGAAAACAACUCAGCACGGGUGGUAGAGGAGGAGAGGAGAGGAAAGGACGGAGAGGCUGCGCCGUGCCGGCGAGUUGGGGUGGAUUUCCGACGGCCGGAGAUGCGACCGUCGGGACCCGGCGGGAAGUGCAAUUCGGACUCGGGUUCGUGGGCGGCACCCGCGGCGGCGGCCGCCACCUGAGCAGGAUGUUCGACUGGAACGACGAGCAGCAGCAGGUAGGGGAUGCAAUAUGGGCUGAGUUCAAUGAUAGUGAAGACCAUAUUGUGCCUUACCCUAAACAUGCAGAAGAUAGUACGUUAGUUAGGGUUGGAAAUCACAAGAACAAUGAUGAAGAGGCAGCGAGUAUAGCGGACAUUACUAAACAUUCUGCUGGUGAUCAAACUGAACUUCAAGGGAUGGAAAAGCAGCACGCAAAUCAGACAAGUGCACAUUUUUCAGCUACACGACUUGACAUGGAAUCCUGGCCUGAUCUCCCUUCUCUUAAUCCUGCGCUUGAUAGAAACUAUAGUGAUGAUAAUAUAGCAUCUACGUAUCUGGAUUUCAGUGCUGAGCCCAGUUUACAGAAAGUGACCGGAAAUACUACAGUGCAGCUGGAUGGUGAAUCUGAAGUGUUUGGUAAUGAUCACGAAGAAAAGAGUAGCAGCUUCCUUGAUUGUGACUGGGGUAAUAUUGGUGACUUCGAUGAUUUUGACCGUCUAUUUAGCAAUAGUGACUCCAUAUUCGGUAAUGAAGUGGUUGCCAACGACAGUGAUUUUCUUUCCGCAUCUUCAGAUAUGAUGGAUAAUGUUGUGCAAUCAAUUCCGAUUCCACAAGUACCAUUGAAUAAACAACCAUUAUCUCAUCAUGGGCCUUCUUUGCUUCUGAUUAAUGAAAUUUCUGGUGGCAUUACCAAACAAGAAAACAAGGUAGCAGAUGCUAAUGCUAAAUCUGGAGAGCAAGUUCAGAGUAAAAAUCAUCUGACUUGUGAAUAUUCUGGAAAACCAAACCAGUUCUCGCAGGAGGGAGAUGUGCAGAAGAGACCAGUGAGAUCACGCAGAAAACAGGAGGAAAGAGGAAAAAGUAAACUAUCCAGCGAUACAAGUGGCUUCUCCCAGAGCAAAGUACAGAAUCCAUCAGCCAGUUUGCAAGCUCCUAUGCAACCUGUCCAGACUCCUCAAUAUGCACUGUUCCAGGAUAGCAAAAACAUGGGGCAAGUUCAGCAUUCUAAUCAGUUUAUUUGUCCUGGAUAUGGGUAUCCUGCAUAUCCAUUUCCUACUAUUCCAUUAGUGUCAAACAUUCAAGCUGAAGACCAUCAGAGGAAACCAGCUGCUACAAGUUACCAAACUUCAGCAGAUUCUCCAAAGCAUUCAAGUUCCAUAGAAAUGUCACAAGAUAUACCAUCAAGGCCACUGAGGAUGACACCAAAAGAAAAGAUUGAAAAGCUUAGGCGCAGGCAGCAAAUGCAAGCCCUAAUAGCUAUUCAGCAACAGCAGCAACAAUUUGGUCAAGAGGGUUCUGGCAGUGACACAAUUGUACUUCAACCAUACUCCCCGAGGAACAAAAAUGCGGAUUCUUUAGGGAGUUCAAUUGUCAUAGAUGAAAACACAAAUAAGGACUUUUUGCCUGAGAUGAUCCCAACAAGCCACGACGAGGUUCACAAAAGUUUUGCAAUUUCAGAAGAUCCCUUUAUAGAGGAAAAAAUAUAUUAUCAGCUUCAAGAUGCUCUUGGCAAGUUGGAUACCAAAACUCGACUAUGUAUUCGAGAUAGUUUGCUUCGUUUGGCCUGUAGUGCCACAGAGAGACAAAUUGCUGGUGACAGGAGUAGCACUAACAAGACUACUAAAGAUGAAGAUGAAGCUUCAGAACAUGACACAUCUACUAGGAGAACAAGAUCUCCAACUAAGGAAGCAGAAACAACAACAAAUCCAAUUGAUCGAAUAGUAGCCCAUUUGCUGUUUCAAAGACAUUGCUCUAAGGUUGCAACAGCAACUAAAGAAGAAAUCAUAUCCUCAACACACUUGAAGAUUGAACCUGAGUCCAAGGUACCCUUGGAAACUCCUAGGGUGCCAUCAGAAGAUCGCAAAGACAAGCAAGAAAUGGUGUUGCAGCCGUCACAAUAAUAUGCUGAUCAAUGAACUGUUAGACGCCAACUUGAUAGCAAAUCAGUGGUGGUGGUGAUGAUGGCAAUCUGCUGAUCAUCUGCGGCACUGGAGAUCAUUACCUUGUGUACCAUGUAACCAUUUGACCAUUGUAGCAUCCUUUUCCACAUCCAGCAAGAACAUCUCAGACUGGAUAGAAACCUGCGAUUGUGUGUGAGCCCUAAAAAGAGCGAACUUGGCUCUGCCGCUCUAGACAUCCUUUUGCUUAACUCGAUGUCCUCUCCAGUUUCUCAGGGCCAUUUUUUUCCCUCUGUAGAGUAACCGUCCCAUGUUUUCAACUAGUUGCUUCCUUGAGAAAAUGUUGAUGGCUCAUAAACGCAAGUGUCUCUGAUAGACUGAUGACACGUAGAGUAUUAUUUUAAGCGUUUUGACAUACGGUUUUAGAGUAGUGUGAAAAUUGUGAAUGAUUUUUCAUGAACAAUGGGUCGUUAUUCUUAGUGCUAGAUAGUUGUGGCAUUCUUGGUAAGCUGUCCAACCAGCAUGGGAAUAUUUAUUUUGGUUUUCGCUA